UUGAAAUGUUUACGCUGUUUAUAAUGACUCGAGUUUUGCUGCAUGUUCAGCAUGGACAUCGAUUGCUCAUACUUUGGGGGGCGUGGCGGAUGGCCAUUGGACAAGGCGCCGGAAGUGAGGCGAUAUUAUUUUGGCGUUGAAGAGCUGUACAUUCUUAUCACGAAACCACCAGAUUUAUAAAUCGCCGGUGUUUUUCAGUCCGCAGCAUGGAGCCCGAAACCCCAUCAGAAAUGGCUCCGUCGCAGGCGAGAGACUUCGGCAGGGCGCUCUGUGUCAUAACAGGGGCUUCCAAGGGGUUCGGCUGGAGUCUGGCUCGAGAAAUAGCGGCGCUCCUCAAACCGGGCUCUGUGCUGCUCCUUGUUGCCAGAUCCGGCGAUAAACUCCUGGAACUGCAGGCGGAUUUAGCCUCGUCUGAAGCGCGCAAAGCCGGACUGCUGGUCCGCUGUGUGGUGGCGGACUUGGCGCACAAAGAGGGAGUGGAGAGCGUUAUAAGAGAGGUCAGAGAGACGCCCGGCGAGGGUCUCGACCAUCUGCUGCUUUUCAAUAACGCAGCUUCACUUGGCGACGUGUCUCGUUAUGUCAAAAGUUUCACAGACAUGGCCGAAGUGGACUCCUACUUGUCAUUCAACGUGAGCUCAGCCUUGUGCUUGACGUCAAGCAUUCUAGGUGAAUUUCCUCAACGUUCUGGCCUGCGGCGCUGUGUGGUGAAUGUGAGCUCACUGUGUGCUGUGACACCUUUUCCAUCCUGGGUGCUGUACUGUACUGGUAAAGCUGCACGUGACAUGAUGUUCCGUGUGCUGGCUGAGGAAGAGCCAGAGCUUAGGGUGGUGAACUACGCACCUGGCCCUCUGGACACAGAUAUGCAUCUCCAGGCCCGGUCCAGCACAGCAGACCCCAAUAUGCGGAAGUCUUUUGUUGAUAUGCAUUCUCAGGGCCAGCUGCUCACCUGUGAGCAGUCUGUUGCCAAGCUGAUAAAGGUCUUGCUAGAGGAUGACUACCCCUCGGGAGCCCACCUAGACUUUUAUGAUUUGUAGGUGCAUUACUGAAAGAUAACCUCCAUCUGAAGCGACACAAAAAUCACUCUUUAUUGAUGGCGGGAAUAUUAGGUUAUCAGUAAUACUGAUGUUGUAUUCAUUCAUCAUCUGACUUAUGUUCAUGUGUAGUCCAGGGGGAGAAAACAUUUUAUGUAGGCAAGAAUAAAAAAAGUAGAGAAAGAAACACAAACAGAGUUUGUACACAAUUAACCACAGAUUACAACAGAUAGAUACUUGGUGAUACUAGGAAAGAGGGUAUGGGUGCAUCUCUGUCACAAACCCAAUAGCUGUUACAUUCCAAAUUAUGCUGGUGAUUGACAUAAUUAUCCACAAGUAACCUCAAGAGUUAAAUUGAUUCUGACCUUACUUUUGUUACUGCUGUAGUUUUAAUGGGUUGAGCUACUUGGUGCCUUAUUAGUGUUAUUUUAGUUCUCUGCUUGUCUUAGUUCAAUUAAUUAUUUUACAAGUUGUUCAGUAUUUCUCCUAAAUUAAUCAGUGUUUUUCUACACUUUUGGCCUUAUAAAUAUAAAAAAGAAAAUAUAACCAAUGACCAAUUUGAGGAUACAAAUCCGUAUCAAAAUAUAAAUUAUUCAGCAACAGUGACAGCACUUAAGUUAGCAGACUAGUUGCACUCAAGAUACUCUGACUCGAGACUUAUGACUUGUAAAAUUCCAGCAGAAAUUCCAGAAUAAAACCACAAGCAAAAUUGGCACUGCCAGCCUUAAUGUGGUGAGUGAAUAAAACCAUAUGUUUUCCGCCAUACUUGUAUGGCUUUCUGUCAGUUUUGCUACAGUUAUGUAUAGUCGUUACUACAGAUCCAUUCUCCCCCGCUGCACAGCACUUUGAUGGAGAGAGCAAAGUACUUCCAGUUUUCUGGAGUUGACUCCUGAUAAUAUGAUAAAGUUCUUUUUGACCUGUGUGUGUGUGUGUGUGUGUGUGUGUGUGUGUGUGUGUGUGUGUGUGUGUGUGUGUGUGUGUGUGUGUGUAACAGCUGGUGAGCAGUGUUGGUAUGGAAAAAAAUACAUGGACUCGAUUAGGCUAGCGGUCUGACCAAAGUCCUUCUAGGAAUUUGUGAAAUCACUGAUAAAAUCUGCCAAAACCUAAAUGGUUUGUAGAAUUUGACUCAGUAAUGCACUCUUCACGGAGCAUAACCAGAAAUAACUAUUUCCUAUCCAUAUUUCAACCAGUGACCUGUUCCGUCCUUUAUAAUGUUAUAUAAUGACUUGAUCUGUAUUAACAGUAUCUCCCUUUUGACUUUGCAUAACUUUUAAAUGAUUCCCAUGACUUUUUAAUUAUUCCCAAAGUGCCAUGAAUACACCAGCCAUUGUAUUAGGUACACUUACUUUGUAGUUGCACUUGACCAAUGUGCUGCCAUACACUUAACAGCCAGUUGUAACACAUUUAUGGAUAUAACAUACAUCAUAAUGACUCGUAAUGUCAAACAUUUGACAGUAGGCAAUAUCUGCUGCUGUCUAUUAAUUAUGCGAGAAAAAAAAAAUUUUCCAGCUUAUUUUUAUCCGUUCUUAUUGGUCUGAAUGUCAUAAAAACACAUAGUAAAAAUGGUAUUUUAACAUUCUGUUUAAAAGGAUAUGGAGAAACAGCGUUUUGUCCUGACAGCAUUGGAUCAGGACAGUAUCAGCUGAUAAUCAACAGUAAAUUAUGGGCCAAAAAAACUGCAUCAGGACAUCCUCAAUUUUUUGUUUACAUCCAGCUUUCGUGGAAUUGAAGGAAAAAUUCUCUUUCCUUGAAAUUUUUUUUCCCAACAUUUCCUAACAUCUGAAUGAAAGCGUACAAAUAAUCACUUUCAGAAGUAUAUUGUUUACACAAUUUUUCCUUGUGACCUUUGUUGGUGGUUGGACGAUUUAGAGUUAAAAUCCCUGGGUCCAUCCUGGUUUUUCACACUGGGGUUGGUGGCAGACUGGAUAGAGCUCUUCAAAUAAAGCCAUCUUUUCUGCAAACCCUGGUCUUUUGACUCUCUGUCUGUGGCAAGAUCAGAGAUUUACAUCAAGUUUUUGUGUUUUGAUUACAAAAUUCUUUAUAUUCUAUAUAUUUAUAUCUUUAAAUACCUUUAUAUCUUUAAUGUCUUAAUACAUAUCAGUAUUCAGUUCUUUCUAAACCUGACCAACAUGCAGCUUUUCGAUGUGUCUGCACAGUUCAUUCCUGCUAAUUGUUUACCCGAACAUAUGCCCUCUUGACUCAUAAUUGUUGAAUAGAAGUUGUGUAAAACAAGUUGAAGUAAUGUGUCGUUAUAAUCACUUUGGUGUGAAAUCUUUAUUGAUAUCAAACUUUUUUUUGGAGAAUUAGCAAUCUUUGCUUGUAAGGUAAACAUCAUUAUAAUGUAAAUGUAAUUAUGGGCACCAAUUUUAUGCAAAUGGUCCUACAAUUGUUUUCCAAUUAUUUUUGCUUACAGAAUACUUCAGAAUAAAUGUUUAUUCUUUAAUCAA